AUGAGAGUGGAUGAAAUAAUCCCUUCGUCAGAAUCUCUGGCAACUCGGGACUAUUCGGCCAGUGGAUACUCUUCUCGAGCAGAAGGCACUGGUGAUACUAAAGCCGACACGAGCAACAUAGAAGAGGCCGAGUCCUCACUUAGAGAGAGUGGCUAUUUGAAUUAUGAGGAAGCGAGAGCUUUACUGGGACGACUUGAAUAUCAGAAGGGUAAUGUGGAGGCUGCCCUUCGUGUUUUUGAAGGAAUAGACAUUUCAGCAGUGAUUCCCAGAAUAAAGAUCACUCUAGUCAGAAGGUCUGAGCUUACGAGACGUCAUUCUCAAAGUGAUGGUUUCGCUCCAAUGUCCAUGCAUGCAGUAAGUUUGCUGGUCGAAGCCAUAUUUCUCAAAGCAAAAUCACUACAGACCCUUGGGAGGUAUUCAGAAGCUGCUCAAUCCUGCAAAGUGAUACUCGACACGUUUGAAUCCGCUCUCCCAGAUGGGUUGCCGCAAAAUUUAGCUUCCGACUGUAAAUUGCUCGAGACCUUAAACAAAGCAGUCGGGCUACUCCCUGAGCUAUGGAAAAGCGCUUAUGCACCUCAAGAAGCAAUUCUGUCUUACCGUAGGGCCCUGCUCUAUCACUGGAAUCUGGACAUUGAAACCCGAACAAAAAUCGAAAUGGAUUUCGCCAUUUUCCUUCUUUACAGUGGUAAUGAUGCAAAUCCUCCCAACCUACGUUCACAAUUAGAAAGCUCGUUUGUACCCAGAAACAACAUGGAGGAAGCUAUUCUUUUGCUAUUUCUCAUCAUCCAAAAGGUUGUCCUCAGUAAAAUCGAGUGGGACCCAUCGAUCUUGGACCAUCUCUGUUUCGCACUGUCAAUGUCGGGCGAGUGCGAAUCUCUUGCGCGCCAAAUCGAAGAUAUGCCUCCGGAUGCCGUUGCAAGUAAAGAGAAGUACACGUCUUUAGCUUUGUGUUACUAUGCAGAGGGGGAUAGUGUGAGUGCUCUGAAUUUACUGCGUAAUUUUCUGAACAAUCGAGAAAAUCGUAAUUCUGGGCUCGAAUUAUUACUCACCUCAAAGAUUUGUAUCGAGGGUUCUUGUUUUCUUGAAGAAGGCAUAGGAUAUAUUGACAGAUUUCUUCAAGAACCCGGAAGAUGUUGUGAAAAAAGGAGUUCUGCGUGUUAUUUACUAGGUCUGAACCUUUCAGCUCAAUCGAGAGGUGUUUGUUCAGAUGCACAGAGAAUAAAUAAACAAUCUGAAGCACUUAAAGCUCUUGAAAAAGCACACUGUGAGACUAAAGGAAAAAACUCGAGCGUUUUAUUUGCGCUUAGUUUAGAAAAUGCCGAGCAGAGGAAAUUAGAGAAUGCUCUUCAUUACGCAAAGGAGAUGUUGAGAGUGGAAGGAGGUUCUGAUGUGAAGGGGUGGAUUCUUGUCGCUCGUAUUUUGUCGGCUCAAAAGAGGUAUUUUGAUGCCGAAAAUAUAAUCGACACGGCUUUGGAUGAGGCUGGAAAAUGGGACCAAGGCGAGUUGCUUCGUACAAAGGGUAAAUUACAGAUUGCGCAAGGGCGUUUAGGGGAUGCAGUUGAGACUUACACGAAACUUCUUGCUGUCCUUCAGGUGCAAAGAAAGAGCUUUGGGACCCACAGAAGGAUAUUGAAAGAAAGGCAACAUAACAGAUCAAGUCUAGAAAUGGAAACGUGGCAUGAUCUGGCAAAUGUGUAUACGAGCUUAUCUCAAUGGCGAGAUGCCGAGAUAUGCAUUUCGAAAUCCGAAGCCAUCAAUCCUCAUUCGGCAUCACGAUUACAUGCAGCAGGAUUACUCCAUGAAGCCCAAGGGCAGCAUAAAGAUGCUCUAAACUCCUUCCAGAAAGCACUUGAUAUUGAACCUAACCAUGUCCCGAGCUUGAUAUCAACUGCCACAAUCCUCCGGAAAAUCGGAGGGCAGUCAUUGCCUGUAAUCAAAAGCUUCCUGACAGAUGCAUUGCGUCUGGACAGAAUAAACUCGACAGCUUGGUACAACCUUGGCCUGCUCUACAAAACCGACUCAACUGUGGAUGCAGCUGAAUGUUUUGGGGCCGCCGCCUUGCUCCAAGAAUCCGAGCCAGUCGAGCCCUUCAGAUGA